GCGGCUGGAACAGCGCGGGGCCACUCGAGGGCGCCCGGGCACAGAGGGGAGCCCGCGGCUCAUUCGCGGUCCCGGCGGUCGGAUGAGGGGUGCGAUGGAGCUGGAGCAGGAGCCGGAUCUGCUGCUGCAGGAGGCCCGGGAGAACGUGGAGGCGGCGCAGAGCUACCGGCGGGAGCUGGGCCAGCGGCUGCAGGGGCUGCGGGAGGCGCAGAGGCAGAUAAAAGAGAGUGCAUCACAGACAAGAGAUGUCCUCAAACAACAUUUUAGUGAUUUAAAAGGAACCCUUGGGAAGCUGUUGGAUGAGCGAUUGGUGACCCUUUUGCAAGAGGUGGACACCAUUGAACAAGAGACUAUUAAACCACUAGAUGACUGCCAGAAGCUCAUAGAGCAUGGAGUUAACACUGCAGAAGACCUAGUCCGAGAAGGUGAGAUUGCCAUUCUUGGUGGUGUAGAAGAGCAGAAUGAUAAAUUGUGGAGCUUUACCAAAAAGGCCUCACACAUUCAGUUGGACAGCUUACCAGAAGUGCCUUUACUAGUUGAUGUGCCCUGUUUGUCUGCUCAGUUGGAUGAUUCCAUUCUUAACAUAGUGAAAGACCACAUUUUUAAGCAUGGAACAGUAGCAUCCUGCCCACCUGUACAGAUUGAAGAACUAAUAGAGAAACCUGGAGGCAUCAUAGUUCGAUGGUGUAAGGUGGAUGAUGACUUUACAGCUCAAGAUUACAGGCUCCAGUUCCGUAAAUGUACCUCAAAUCAUUUUGAAGAUGUAUAUGUAGGUUCUGAAACUGAAUUCAUAGUAUUGCACAUAGACCCCAAUGUUGAUUAUCAGUUCAGAGUCUGCGCCCGAGGAGAUGGACGACAGGAGUGGAGUCCUUGGAGUGUUCCCCAGACAGGGCACUCCACACUGGUGCCUCAUGGUAUGCCCUUGUCUUCUCGCCCUCGAAGAGUUGAAACUGUGGGACAGCCAGACAGAAGAGACAGUAUAGGAGUAUGUGCAGAGACACAGACUGGCUUUGACUCGCUGCAGCGGGAUCAAGCUGUGUGCAUCAGUACAAAUGGUGCAGUUUUUGUCAAUGGAAAAGAAAUGACUAAUCAGUUGCCUGCAGUUACCUCUGGAUCCACCAUCACGUUUGACAUAGAAGCUGUGACUCUAGGAGCCACAAAUAAUAACGAAGUCGGAAACUUCAAGCUCCGAGUGACCAUCAGCUCGAAUAACAGAGAGGUGGUUUUUGAUUGGUUGCUUGACCAGCCAUGUGGCUCUCUUUACUUUGGGUGCUCAUUUUUCCACCCUGGGUGGAAGGUGUUAGUGUUUUAGAGUUUGAGUGCUUGGCUUUGGAUUGAGGAUUUACACAUACUGUCCUCAGCCUGGUUUAGUUGUCAUUGCCUUCAGAAAGGUGAGCUCAUCUCUUAGGCUACUGGAAAUGGAAAGUAUUGCUGGGUUCAUCAUAUGGAACAGAGAAUGGGGUGGACAAAAGCAAAAUUCAGUCAGUGUUGUUUUAUCAUAAAUCUUAUAGUUCAAUAAAAAUCAAAUUAGCUUUGAAACUUUGGGAAGAUGUAAAAACUCCAUGCUUUUCUAUUUUUCUUCCUAAAAUUGGUUGCUAGAACAGAGAAACAUCAUAUUAUUUUACUAACUCUUCAUCAAGAUCAAAGCCAUGUAAAACUUCAGACUGAAAUAGCAGACAGAAGCCAGAAGCCCUAGUUCUCUACUGCGUUUGCUUGGGUGUCCUCCAAGUGAGCAUGCUGGCAGCUCCGGGACAGGUCAGCAGUGUUGACUUUAAUCCCAUCUUCAAUAAUUGUUAGGUCUGAAAAGCUUCAUGAUUUUUGCAGUUUUUUACAGUGCCUGAGCAGGUGUUUAUAAUAACCAAGUAUUACUAUCCUUUGCUCUUUCCUUGCAAGCUUAAGUCAAGAUGGGGCAGAAGACUUGUGUGACUCUAGGUGAAGCUGCCCAGGGAAGCAGCACACAGCAGUGUUAGCCAUUUCACACACACGUGGCCUGCCCCGUGUGCGUCCUGCUGCAGCCCUGCACUGCUGCUGUGGCAGGAGUUACAGUUCAGUGCAACGUCAGCUUGAGAAGUGGUCGUUUAGUGGACCAAAGAAAUAUUGAGUAAAAUACUUGACCUUUUUUUUUUUUCGGUCUUUUUGAGACAGGGUCUCCUUGUAUUGACCUAUUUUUUUAAACUUAAAUUUGUGUAAAAUAUUUAUUUGACUUAAUAUGUAAAAGAUGGUGGUCUUAACUUGCUAUACCAGCAUACAGGUAAUUUUUAAUGUGAAUUUUUCCCCCAUUUUUACAGUAGUAGAAAAGUGGAAAAGCAAGUGUGAUAUUUUUGUAAGAUAAUUUAUUUGGGGAUUCAUGCUUCUUUUUUGACAAUCAUGACCUUUUCUCAUAUAUAUAUAUAAAAGUGGCCUUUCACAUGUUAGAAGAGGUUCAAGAGUACAAGUGCAUUGUCCAGCCUUCCGAAAUAAAAUAAAAAGCUGAAAGUUAA